UACAUAUAUAUACACCCUCUCUCUGUUUUUCUUUCUCUGGAAGUACAUCAAUGGCGGAGAAACCCAGCUCUCUUGUCUUCACCGUUCGAAGGCAAAAACCAGAGCUGAUAACUCCGGCAAAACCAACUCCUCACGAAACAAAACUGCUCUCCGACAUCGACGAUCAAGAGGGUCUUCGUUUUCACAUUCCUGUAAUUCAGUUUUACAGAAACAAUCCUUCCAUGCACGACAAGGAUCCAGCUAGUGUUAUCAGACGUGCAUUGGGAGAAACUCUGGUUCACUAUUAUCCGUUCGCCGGGCGUCUCCGGGAAGGUCCUGGCCGGAAACUUAUGGUGGAGUGCACCGGCGAAGGGAUUCUGUUUAUUGAAGCUGAUGCGGACGUCACGCUUGGUGAGUUUGGUGAUGAUCUUCAACCUCCAUUUCCGGGCUUGGAGGAGCUUCUUUAUGAUGUUCCUGGUUCAUCUGCAGUUCUGGGCACUCCUCUGUUGUUAAUUCAA